AAUCUUCGCGCGGGCAUGUAGGCCACCUGUCUCAACCCUGUCCGCAUCUCCAGACCAAAUGUCCAUCGUGUAUUUACGUGUAUCAGGCGAAUUCCAUCACCUUCCAUCAUAGAGCAAAGACACAAGAAUGGCGACCAAGGAGACUACAGUUUUCAUCACGGGCGCCAACCGAGGCAUUGGUCGAGCCCUUGCUGAGGCGUACUUGUCGAGACCAAACCACGUGGUCAUUGGCAGCGUUCGCAACCCGGACACCACCACGCUCAGAGACUAUGUUCCCGCCCCCGGCAGCAAGCUCCUUUUGGUCAAGAUCGAGGCCACCUCGCUCUCGGACCCUGCCGAGGCCGUUAAGCAGCUCGGGACUGAGGGCAUCACGUCUCUCGACAUUGUCAUUGCCAACGCGGGCAUCAACCCCGUCAGCGCCUUCGCCCCCGUGGCCAAUAUCCAGCCCGAGGACUUCCGCCGCCUCUUCGAGGUCAACGCGCUGUCCUUUGUAACCCUCUUCGGGGCCCUUCACCCCUUGCUCCUCGCGGCCCUGCCGUCGCCGCCGAAGUUGCUCGCAAUCACGUCCAACGCCAGCCAGUUGGGCGACGUGCUGCCCUUGCCGGUGGCGAGCUACGGGGCAAGCAAGGCGGUGCUCAACUACCUCGUCCGCCACAUCCACGUCGAGAACCCGUGGCUGACGGCGUGGAUCAUGAACCCUGGCUUUGUGCAAACAGACACUGGGUACGAGGCGGCCAGGGCAGCGGGCAUGGAGACGCCGCCUCAUACGCUGGCCCAGAGCACGGAUGGUUUGCUGCAGAAGCUGGACAGUGCCACGCGGCAGGCGACCUCGGGCAAUUUCUACAACUUUGACGGCACGGAGUUAUCGUACUGAUCAGUGGAAUCUUCCACUGUGGAGGCUUGUUGCGUACCAGGGAGGACAGAGGGCAGCCCGCAGCCUUGCAACCCUAAGAUUGCAGCCCUAGAACUGCCUGAGAAUGUUUCAGAAGCCGUCUGUAGGGACGAUUAGGGUUGGCGUUACUGUGAUGAAGACAGAAUGUGGGCAAUCAAAUGAAUGGACGAUUGCCUUUUCUCCAAGA